AUGUCUGUCGCUCCCUCUCUGCAGCUAUUGUACCCGCUGCUGCCAGGUCUUCUGGACUGUAACCCGUUCAGGGGGAGUGCGGACCCCGCCGAGCCUGCAGACACCUCAUCUUACCAGAACACGCCUGCCCUCCAGGCCCCGGAGGAGGUCCAGAUAGUGGUGGAGGUCCUCAGCAGAACCUGGGCCCUGCUCACAGAGAGCCAGCUGCACCCGGAUAUCAGGGCCCAGCUCGUGGGGUAUCUGUUCUACUUCAUCAACGCAUCACUGUUCAACUCGCUCAUGGAGAGAGGCUCUGAAGUGGGAUUCUACCAGUGGUCCAGAGGGGUGCAAAUGAGGGCCAGCCUGGAUCUGCUGCUGGACUGGGCCCAGGACAAAGGUCUGGGAGAACUGGCCUCGGAGCAGACGCUGAAGCUGACCUGUGCCCUCAACCUGCUGGCCACGCCCCGCAAGACCCUGCUCAAGUCCUUUUGGGGGUCCCUGCGCUCCCUCUACCCUGCGCUGCACCCCGCCCAGCUGCACCACCUGCUGAGCCUCUACCGAACCCCCUCUCACCUCGUGCCCCCCCACCGCAGUGCAUGGAGCCCCUGUGAGUCGGACCAAGCAGCAGCUCUGCACACCUCUGAUAUCCUGGAGAGUUUCGACAGCCACCACCCCCUGGUCCUGCCUGAGGGGGGGUACCACUUCCAUUUGGAGGCUCCGGUGGACGGGUGCGGCCUGAAGCAACAGCUGCACGAGCUCAGGAACUUCAUCCAUAAAUCCAGGGAGCAGCAGGUAUUCAGACGAUAA